AUGAAUUGCCCGUGCCAUGGGCUGAUCAGGAGCUUUGCAUCCGGACCAGCCGAAGAGCGCGACAUCUCCGAAAAUAUGUUCAUCUUUCAGGUCUUGAUCGUGCAGCUCAAGAGAUUCUACUACACCAGGAAGCGCCGUGGGAAGAUCCGCGCCCUGGUGGACUUCGACCCGGAGGGCGUAGACCUCCAGCCAUGGUGCUCCGAGGGCUCCGCGCACACCGCCAUGCGCCUCUUCGGCGUGGUGAACCACUCAGGCGACCUCGGUUGCGGGCACUACACGGCCGCCGCCAGGCCGAGCUCCGAGAACGCGCUGGGCCGCGACGCCGAAGAGUGGCACCUCUUCAACGACGCCUCCUGCCACCAGAUCCCGCGGGAGCGGCUGGUGACACAGGACGCGUACAUGCUUUUCUACGCCCUGGACGGCGCCCGAGCCCGAGCUCUCGGAGAUCCCGACGAGCAGCCCGUCCUGGUCGACAGGGAAGCCAAGGCGGCGCUGCUGAGGUUCUUUUACACGGCCGACGUGUCGGGCGACGGCCUCGUGCCAGGGAGCGAAGUGCGUCGGCUGGUCUUGGCUGCCGGCGCGCGGGCAGAUCACUUCACCGCCGCUGCAAUCAGCGAUUUCAGCAUGCCGUGUGGACAGAGGGUGCGGUAUCGUGAGGUCGGGGACUGGCUGAUCCCAGAGGUGGAAUGCGCGAGCGUGCCGCCAGGGCUGACGGAUGCGCUGGGGCGGGCGCGCAAGCUGCACGCGGAGCGCGCUGCCUCCGCUGCCGAGGCCGAGCGCGGCCAGCUGGAGUUCUCGCUCGUCCGGGCGCUCGGCCACCCGGAGCUCGAGCGCGCCGGCUCGGCGAGGGAGGUCGCCAUGAGUUUGCCGCGCAGCGGCGGCGUCCUCGAGAAGCUCGUCGACGUGAUCCCUGGGAUGGCGGAGGAGCUCACUUGGGCGCAGGCCGCCACGGCUGGCGAGAUGAACAGUAAGUUCGCUGGCGAGCCAGGCUCGUUCUGCUUCUCCCACGGCACCCGGAGUGACUUCUUCGGGGGGGUGGAGGACCUCAUUGGCUCGCCCGAUCCGAGGGUGGAGAGAGCGAUGAUGCGCGAGCAUUGCAAUGCGGAGGACUCCGCUGUCGAGUGGAAGAUUCAGAAUUACGGCGCGACAACCACGCCGGAGAAAGAGUGGCACUUCAUGGCGGGCGACGCGCGCUCCAAGUGGAAGUGGCCCGAGGAGACGGCCACGCAGCGCCUCUGCCAGCGGGGGGGCAUCGGCGAUUUCAAGGAGGUGUUCGAGGGGAUCAAUGCGAAAUUGAGGGGCAAGGGCGGGCAGGCAGAGCGCGUCAAGAAGUUCCACGAUCUCUGCCGCGGGAACCGAUGCUGCACGACGAUCCACACGAUCAAUUCGGCGCCGGUCAAGCUCAGCAAGCUCGAGAAAGCUGGCAAGCUCUACCUGGGCACUCAGCUUGGCGUCUUGCCCGCUUGCUUCUGGAACGAGGCCGAGGCUGUUGCCCAGCAGUACGCGCAGGGUGGCGACGCCCAGGCCGCCGCCAUCUUCGAAAUCCAGACUGGCAUGAUCGACCGUGGCGCGGACCUGGCCCCCAUCUCUCAGCGCCCGCGCGGGGAAGAAAUCUGUUGCCCCCUGCCCGCAUGCGCGGAGGUGGUCGGCUCGCGGACCCAGGGGGGCAUCCCGUGCAUCCAGGCACGCCUCAAUGUGAAUUUCUCUGCGCUGACGAUCGACCAGGUCAUCGACAAGCGCAAGAGGCUCGUGACAGACAUGUGCAAGGGCCUGGUGUCCGAGGUCAGCACUGCAGUGGCCAGGUACCAGUGGGCGACCGUCGGCCAGUAUUCCGCGUUGGAGGCGGGAGCGCGACAGAAGACGGCGGCUGAACAUUUCAACGACGACGAGAAGCUGCUCAACUCUAUCCGCACGGCGCUGGAGAUAACCGACUCCGUCAAGUUGAUGGCGAGCAGCGUUCUCCGAGAGGCAGCUGAACACUUGAAGCGCGCCGGCCUCGCGGCCGCGGCGGCCCGCGCAGAACGACGCGCCGCGGGGGGCAGCAUCGUCGAAUCCAAGGAGCUGGCACCGAUCACACUGAAGCGGGGGGGUGCGAAGAGACUCGGGCUGACGCAGGGCAGCGAUCGCUUGCGCAUCGUCGACGCUGAAAUUGCGCGAGGCGCCGCGCGCUUCGAUCGGCUGGUCCUCGAGACUGCCGGGGCACUGGCACUCGGCCCGCAUAGAAACAGUUUUCUCAUCCAUGGAGCCGGGCUGGGCGCCGGCGCUGGGGAGAUCCCGGCGCGGGCUUCGGGGUCGAAGAACGCGAUUAAGGACGCCGUCCUGUCCACAAACAGCCUUGGCGGAGCGCCGAAUGCUACAGGGGAGAUGCUGCUUCAGAACCAGACGCUCAAGAAUCUGCGGAUCGACGGCAACGACCUCGGGUCGGUCGGGGGGCCGCAGAUGGCCGAGGCACUGAAGGGCAACGACGCACUCCACAGCCCGCGCACAAACAUGCGCCUCCAGGCGCUGAACACGGAGUUCAACGACCUAGAUGGCGUCGAGUCGAUCGCGAUUGCCUUGGAGACGAAUGUCACGCUCCAGCAUCUGCGGAUCCCCCAGAACGAGCUCGGCGAGGGCGGAGGGAGAGCGCUUGCGAAGGCGUCGCGGUCAAACCGCGCACUGGAGCGCCUGGGCAUCGCGAAAAAUGAAAUUAUAUUUUACGCGGGCGCCGAGAUUGCCGACGCUGCGAAGGGGAACGCGCGCCUGAAGACGCCGCGAAUCGGGGGCAACGAGCUCGGGCCCCGAGCUUUCGCAGAGGCGCCCCGGUUUAACGGCUCCCUUUCGACGCUCGAACUGAGCGGCAAUAGCCUGCAGGCAGAGGCCGCGAUCGCCAUCGCCCGGCCCCUCCGACCGGCAACCAGGACCCUGGCGCGGCUGGGCAUGGUGAAGAGCGAAAUUGGCGCCGAGUGCCUCCGGGCGCUUGCGGGCGCGCAUGGGGAAAACGCGAGCCUGGAGGUCCUCGAGGCCCACGGCAAUGGCAUCGGGCCCCGCGAAGGUGAGUUCUCGGGCCGGGCCUUGGGGAAGAACGGCUGCAUUGCAAAGGUCAAGCUGGGCGGCGUCGAACUGAGCGGCGAGGCGGUCCACCUCGCCAGCGACGAGGACGUCGCGAACGCGCAGAGAUUGCCGGAGCAGGUCCGCGAAGUGCUUGAUAAGGCGUUGCCUGUGGCGCGACUUGGCUUUGAAGCGGAUGCCAGCUCGAGGUCAGCGCGCGUGGGCCCCGCGCCAAUGCCGCGGGGGCUGCCCGCGGGCCUCGCCGAAGGCGCGGCAGCGGGCGCCCCUGCCCGGCCACGCUGAGCGGGCGCCAGGCGGCCAUGGCCGGCCAAGCGGGGCGCAGGGCCACCCCGAGGACGCAGCAGAAGCGGGCGCCCGGGGCCGCUGGCGUCGACCGCCUGGCGGACUUGUCGCCGCCGGAG